CCCGAAGUCGGACUCACUCGUCACGUCUCACGUGAUCGUGACAGGGCGCGUUGGCCUACUCUCAAUGGUUCAUUCUUGAUGAAGUCACAAGUGCGCAUUGAACGCCACCCAUGUUCGAUUCCAUGUCUUAACCCUCGCGAUCUUCUGUAGUGCUUCAGCGCAAGAUAAUAUGCCACCUCAACGCAGUCUGACGACGUCUAUGCGAGAGAUGACCUUGAAUGAAGACAAGGAGGUGACACCCAAAGCGAAGGAACGGCCGCCUGCCGUGGACCUGGGAGUUCUGUAUCCCAAGUUACCUUCCGGCUGGUACGAGAACGACCGGUAUUGGGUCCUCGGGUGGGAUAUCAACCAUCCACGCCUCAAAGCGUUUGUAGAGAAGAACAGCCCUCCCGAUGUCGUCGAGGACAUCCCCUACUACAUGCGCGCCCUGGAUCUCCUCGAGUGGUACACACGGCUUCGCCCAAUCCAGCUCUGCACCGUCCUGCCCGACGAUGCGCCGAUCCCACCGUUGACGGGAAAAGACGACGUCCCGCGGAUCAUGCUCGUCUCCAUCUGCUUCACGGCCAGACUCCACCUCUACAAGAAGCGGCCGAGCAAGGAGCAAUACAAAUGGCUCAAAAAGCUGUUCGGCCGCCGACCACGCUGGUAUCGUGAUAGCCUCCCCAAGAAUGAGUUCCACCUACAUCUCAUCGAGUAGCGUUUCUGCAGAGACCAGGCCUGAGCACAAUCGCGCGUGUUAUUCAUUGUA